GUUUCAGAAUGAAUUUUGGUGAUACUCUUUCUGGAGCUGAAUAUUUAGCUUCGAUUUAUGGUACUGAAAAGGAUAAAGUGAACUGCUCCUUCUUUUUCAAGACUGGAGCGUGCCGACAUGGCGAUAAAUGUUCACGUGCUCACCAUACGCCCACGUUUUCGCCAACAAUCUUGUUGAAAAACUUCUACCACAAUCCUGUUGUCGAUGUACGGCAAGCAGAUGCCUUUGACAAGGUUGGUAGGAAGAAUGAAGAGGAACAAAAAUAUUUUGACGAGUUUUAUGAGGAAGUUUUCACGGAACUGGAAAGGAAGUAUGGAGAGGUGGAGGAAAUCAACGUGUGCGAAAAUAUUGGUGAGCACAUGGUCGGUAACGUUUAUGUCAAGUUCGUACGAGAAGAGGAUGCCGACAAGGCGUGCCGUGAUUUAAAUGACAACAGAUGGUUCAAUGGGGCUCCCAUCUACGCGGAAUUGUGUCCUGUCACGGAUUUUCGUGAGUCACGUUGCCGUCAGCACGAAGUGAUUACAUGUUCAAAAGGAGGUUUCUGCAACUUUAUGCAUCUCAAGGCUAUCAGUCCCGCCCUCGGCGAAAAGCUCUUCGGAAGACGAGGACGAAGGGCUGACUCCGCUGGGCAUUAUCCAUCGAUGCGUGGCAGCAGUGGCAGAGACCGCGAUCGCCAUGAGAGAGAAAGAAGACGCGACCGCUCACCAUACAGGGAGAGAAGGCGCAGCCGUGAUCGCAGACGUUAUUGAGAUGAGCGUGCUUUAAUGUUAUGUUUAUACAAAUUUAUCUUCCCCUUUUCCCACCUGACAUGUUCUGUGGUAAUGAAUGUUGAUUUUGGGAUAAUCAUAACAGCAUUGUAUUCAUUUUUGGGAUCACUGUUAGUCAUAUAUUGUAGAUAUACUGUUUUGUUGUAUUGCAAGUAUCGAAUAAAUUUCUAUGUC